AUGUCUCGAUUUCAAUCCGUAUCUUCCGUAAAAAUUGUUCCAUCAAAACCUGUAAAAAUCUCUGUUGAAGGUAAUAUAGGAUCAGGGAAAUCAACAUUUUUAAACUAUUUUAAACAAUUUUCUUUUGUGGAAACAUAUUACGAGCCCCUUGAAAAGUGGCGUGACGUGCAGGGUCAUAAUUUAUUACAACUAUUAUAUACAGAUAUGUCAAAAUGGGCUGCCACUUUUCAAAGUUACGUUCAACUAACUAGAACGCAAAUACAAACCUCUAAACCAAGGGCAGAAACAAAAAUACAAAUGUUUGAAAGAUCCAUUCAAAAUAAUAGACAUUGUUUUUUAGAAAAUGCUUAUGAAAAUGGUUACAUAUUACCAGCACAGUAUUUUGUUUUAUGCAAAUGGUAUGAAUGGAUUAAACAAAAUAAUGAUAUAUCUUUAGAUUUAAUUGUUUAUUUAAAAACUUCUCCUGAAGUUGUGCACAAAAGAGUUUUAUCUAGAAACAGACCAGAAGAAAGCAUUAGUUUAAAAUAUGUACAAUCUAUUCACGAUGCACAUGAAAAUUGGUUAUCAAGUUCAAAUUUAAAAGUUCCCGUUUUUGUCGUCGAUGCUGAUAAACAAUUUGCUGAAGUUAUUAAUGUCUGCCAAAAGAAUUUACCUUCGUUAUUCGAUCCUGAAACUGUAGGUAAUAAAUAUUUUAUUUUUUUUUUUUUUAUGUAUGUUAUUAACAUGAUGAAAAAUUUAAAUAAUCAAUUAAAUAUGUUUUUUUUUCUUACAACAGAUAAGUAA